GGAAGCCCCAGAGGUGAGGGCAGUCUGCGCUGGGCUGAGCCGAGGACCUGCAUCCACACAGCCGGGCCCUCAUGGAUCCAUCCGCUAGCGCAGGCCUGGAGAAGUUCAGGCACUUCGAGAAAGGUGACUUUGAGGCCGACUGGGUGAAGGUGGCGGAGAAGAGCUUCGGACGGGUUUACAAAGUGAAGCUGAAGCUCUGGAGGGAAACGUGUGCCCUCAAACGCUUCUCCGGCACCGCCAACUACAGGAGGGUGAUCGAAGAGGUGUCCAAGAUGGAGAAGAUGAAGUUUAAUUACAUCCUGUCGAUCUACGGGGUGUGCAGCGACCCCCCCGCGGUGGUGAUGGAGUUCAUGAGCGGUGGCUCUCUGGACACCCUCCUCUGCAGCCACGCCCUCAUGUGGCCCAAGAAGUUCCAGAUGAUCCACGAGGUCACCAUGGGGAUGAACUUCCUGCACAGCAUGACCCCACCGCUGCUGCACCUCAACCUGAAGCCGGCCAACAUCCUGCUGAACGAGCACCUGCACGUCAAGAUUUCCGAUUUCGGAUUGAUUAAAUGGGAGGAGUGUGCCAACAAGACGGAGUUCAUCGAGCACCUGACUCUGAGAGGAAACCUGAGCUACAUUCCCCCAGAGACAUUCACUCAGUGCACGGAACCUCCCGGAACCAAAUAUGAUGUGUACAGCUUUGCCAUUGUAGUGUGGGAGAUACUGACGCAGAAGAAACCUUACCCAGGGGCCAACAUGAUGGCCGUGUUAAUGAGGGUGUCAUCCGGGAAACGGCCGAGCGUGGAGAAGGUUCCGGACGACAAGCCGCCGGAAUGCGAGGAGAUGAUCGAGCUGAUGCAGCGGUGCUGGCAGCAGCAUUCCAACGACCGGCCUCCUUUCUCAGAAACCAUCAGAGAAACAGAAGCGCUAAGCGAAGUUUUAAAGAUACCCGAUGUCCUCCAGGCCUGUAAUGAAGUGGAACGGUCUCACAAACUGGCGUACGCCACGCUGUCCCGUCUCACCAGGGAAACCAAGGCUGAAACGCCACCUGAUUCAGGAGAGGAAAGCUCCCUGAAUCAUGUCAUCGGUUUACUGUCAAGAAAGGAUUUUGAGAAUUUCAGGAAGGCAGUGAGGAGGGAGCAUGUUUCGGCGGAGUGUGGAGAAGGCUAUUCCCUCCUCCAUUAUGCUGCGGCCAGUGGGGACCCAGAGUCUGUGCAGUCCGUGCUUGGCCUGGGCGCGGCAGGGGACUCCCAGAACGCCAAAGGAUACACGGCACUGAUCGUGGCGGUGCUGCGCGGCUUCUACGACGUCUGCUCCGUGCUGGUGAAGGGCGGGGUCGACGCCAACCUGGCGGACGGCGACCGCUGGACGCCGCUGCACUUUGCCGCGCAGAACGGCGAUGACAGGAUUGCCCGGCUGCUGCUGGAGAACGGGGCGACGGCGGGCGUGGCGGAGAGGGACGGGUGGACACCCCUGCACCUGGCAGCGCAGAACGGCCACGAGGGCGUGAUGCGGGUCCUGCUGCCGCGCUCCAUUGCCGUCGACGACCAGGAGAAGGAUGGCAGGACGGCCCUGCACCUGGCCUCCUCGUACGGCCACCUGAAGAUCGCGCAGCUGCUGCUGAACCACGGUGCCGACGCCAACCUGACGGAGCACGCGGGCUGCCACGCCCUGCACCUGGCUGCCGAGGAGGGCCACUUCCGCUUGGCCAAGCUGCUGAUCGAGGGCGGGGCCGAGGUCAACCGCACAGACCAGCGGAGCUACAGCGCCCUCCACUGGGCGGCUCUGAAAGGACACACCAGCAUCUGCAGGCUGCUGCUGAACCGGGGGGCGGAGGCCAACGGCAGGACCCAGCAGGGCUGGACGCCGCUGCACCUGGCGGCGCUGAAGGGACACCCCAACAUCGCUCUGCUCCUGGAGGAGCACCAUGGCUCCGUCAACGCGCAGGGUGAGAACGGCUGGACCCCCCUGCACCUCGCCUGCCACCACAGCCAGGAGGAGGCGGUAUCGGUGCUGCUGACGGCAGGAGCCGACCCCUGCGUGGCCGAAGACAGGGGCUGGAUGCCCCUCCACCUGGCCUGCAACAGCGGCAGCUUCCCCAGCGUCCUGCAGCUCAUCUCCCACGGAGCCGACGUCAACGCGCAGAACGCCAGCGGGGCCACGCCCGCGCACCUCGCCGCCCUCAACGGCAGCGUCCCCAUCAUCAAAGCCCUGCUGCUGAACGGGGCGCGGAAAGACAUCCCAGACAGCAGGGGGAGCACUGCCAGGGCUGUGGCACAGAAGGCCCAGAAGGAUGAGGUGGUGCAGCUGCUGGAGGCUGACAGCCCCAGCUGAUCUGAGCGCUGAUCAGUGUCAGGGUUUAAGCACCUGCGUGGAACCCUGCUGUGCGUGGAAAGAACUUUUACCCCACGCAUUCAGCACCAGGGAACCAAACUAUCACUCCGUAUGGACUGCAUACGAUAUGUUUAUAUGUUCACAUUAAUUUAUUUCUCAGACAAUCGUCUGAGAUUAUUGUUCAACAUAAUUUCUUAAUAAUAACAGUCCUACCUGAGGCCAUAAAGUAUCAGUGUCACCAGAGCUGAUUUUUUGUAGUUUCGUGUGUCAUUGCAUCCUCAGAAUCAAUUUAUAUUGAUUGAUCAACCAAUACACCUGUCAAUCUCUCAGUUGGCCAGUGAAUGACUCAAUGAUAAAACAAAUGAUAAACAGCACAUCUGCCUUGCCUGUUUAGUUUAGAGACUUAAGGUAACUGAACAAAAAUGAAGCCGUAACAGAUGGCACCGGGUGACAGUAUUAUCAGCUGUCACAGCUGGCAGGGAAGAGCAUGGGCACCACGACACACUGCUCUGCUCGGAUCACCCUGUGAGUCUCCCUCCUGAAACCCGCUGCACCUUGAACCCCGAUUCAGUACCUGUGUUUGCUUAUUGCACCAAGGGGAAAGCCUUUUAUGGCUGCAUUUUUUAUUACCUUGAAGGAGAUGUACAGUGAAAUAGGAUAUGCUGUAUAAUAUGCAUUAUGUGCUGGCGUGAUUCAGUGUUAUGAAAACAUGCUGUAAGCCUUGAACCUGACCUCCCUCUUCCAGCCAGUGACGCGAGCCUGGCCUGCUAACGGCCCCAGCUGGUGAGUGCAGUGUGUGUUAGAUAGCUGCU